AUGAUAGCCGGCCUACUUACUUCAGUGCUGAUACAAGUAGUAUCCUUAAUCGGACAACUGCCACAUAGCUUAGCAGACCGUAAUCUGGUGUUCGUACAGGCGAUAUGGAGACAUGGUGAUCGUGCACCGCUUUCGUUACCGUAUCCAAAUGAUCCUUAUAAUGAAACCGCUUGGCAACGAGGAUGGGCGCAACUUACGAAUGUGAGAUACCUUUCUCUCAUUAUUUCACUCUCAAACAUAGGUAUGAAACAAAUGAACGAGCUUGGCAUCUAUUUUCGAAUGAGAUAUGGUUUCUUCAUCUCGUCUCACUUCGUUCCAAGCGAGGUGUACAUUCGUUCAUCAGAUUCGGAUCGCGCGCUUACCUCAGCACAGGCAUUCCUAGCUGGAUUCUAUCCAGCGAGCGGCAGCUUUCAGUGGCAGAGAGGAAAUCAUUGGCAACCUAUACCGGUUCAUGCAACAUCACCUGGAGAACCAGAUCUGCUACUGAAGCCAACGUCUAUUUCAUGCAAAAACAUUGACAAAUUGGUGGAUGAAGAUUACGAAAAACAAGCCAAGUAUUAUGAGGGCCAAUACGGAGAAAUGUUCAAGUUACUCGCUGAACAAACUGGAAUCGCUAACUUUUCCUAUCGCUACGUUAGUCAAAUAUACGACGUGAGAAGAGAGACAAUAUUUCUAACUUUAUUGCAGCUCGUUCAUAAUAUGGUGGCAAAACAACCACAAUGGGUCUUCAAGCAUUGGCCACAGUACAACGACCGCAACACACUGGACAUCAUCAGCGAAUUGCGUCAGAUACAAAGGAGCACCAAAUUCAACUCGCCUACGAAAGCCAAAGUAUUGAUUAUCAGUGAUUUUUAG